AUGAACAGGAAAGCCCCCAACAUGAUCCGAAGUAGCAACGCAAGGAGCAAAAGGAACGAACUGAAUGAGGAGCAGAAGCUAGAAAUAAAAGAAGCCUUUGAUCUAUUCGACACGAAUGGCACGGGAAGAAUCGACGCGAAGGAGCUGAAAGUUGCCAUGCGGGCCCUGGGCUUCGAACCCAAGAAGGAAGACAUUCGUAAAAUAAUUUCCGAUGUUGACCAAGAUGGGUCGGGCACUAUCGACUUCAAUGAUUUCCUUGACAUCAUGACCAUCAAGAUGAGUGAACGAGACCCAAAGGAGGAAAUCCUCAAAGCCUUCCGCCUCUUCGACGACGACGAAACUGGGAAGAUAUCCUUCAAGAAUUUGAAGCGAGUAGCGAAGGAGCUGGGAGAAAACAUAACUGACGAGGAAAUCCAGGAGAUGAUUGAUGAAGCUGACCGAGAUGGAGAUGGAGAAAUUAACGAGGAGGAAUUCAUGCGCAUUAUGAAGAAGACGAAUUUGUUCUAA